AUGUACUACGCUUUAUUUCCCAUUUUAAAAAAGUUGUUUCCACUUCAUAUUCCUUGUUCAAAAUACUCCCUCAAAUUAUUUCUGAUUUUAUUCUUCAAAUGUUUAGUAAUUUUAAUAAAUGCAAAUAAAAUUAAAUAUACAAUGAAAAACCCAUUAAAAUUAUUAGGAAUUCCCCAUAAAAUACCAUUGGCUACUUUUAAGACUAGGAAUAUGGAAACCUUUGUAAAUUUUAGAAAGAAUGAUGCAAAACUAAUAAAUUAUGCUUUUCUAUAUUAUAAACUAAAAUUAAAUAAUAGUAAAUUAAUUCAAAAUGAAAGUUUUUUCAAUGCAAGAAGGUUUAGUAAUAAAAAAGCACAUGAAAAAAUAAAUGUUAAUGAAAUGAAACGUCUAGGAAUGUGCGAAAAAAGUAAUGAACAAGAAGUAAAUUCUAUAAAUGAAAAUAAUAAUACAGAUAAAGGAAAAGAAAAUAUAAUUAAUAAUGACGAAAAGAUAUUAUAUUUAAUAAACCCAAGAGGGUUUUGUAAAGGGGUUAGUAGAGCAAUAGAAACAGUGGAGGAAUGCUUAAAAUUGUUUAAUACUAAAAUUUACGUGAAACAUAAAAUUGUUCAUAAUGAUAUAGUUUGCAGUGAUCUGGAAAAAAAAGGAGCUAUAUUUAUCGAGGAUGUAAAUGAAGUCCCUGAUGGAAGCAUUUUAAUUUAUUCAGCACAUGGAAUCAGUCCACAGAUAAGAGAAUUAGCUAAAAAAAAAAAACUAAUUGAAAUUGAUGCAACUUGCCCAUUAGUUAAUAAAGUUCAUGUAUAUGUUCAGAUGAAAUCUAAAGAAGGAUAUAAAAUUAUAUUGAUUGGCCAUAAAAAUCACGUAGAAGUUGUAGGUACUUACAAUGAAGCACCUGAAUGUACACAUAUUGUUGAAAAAGUAGAAGAUGUAGAAAAAUUAAAUUUCCCACAAAACGAAAAGUUAUUUUAUGUUACACAAACAACAUUAAGUAUGGAUGAUUGUGCAUUAAUUGUAAAAAAAUUAAAAGAAAAAUAUCCUCAAAUACAAACAAUUCCAAGCGGUUCUAUUUGUUAUGCAACAACGAAUAGACAAAGAGCUCUUAAUCAAAUUUGUACAGAAUGUGAUUUAACAAUUGUUGUUGGAAGUCAGUCAUCUUCAAAUGCAAAGAAAUUGGUUUAUUCAUCACAAAUAAGAAAUGUUUCAGCUGUAUUAGUUAAUACGGUUGAUGAUUUUAAUUUUGAUAUCCUUAAAAAUGUUAAAAAAAUAGCUUUAACUUCUGCUGCUUCAACUCCCGAAGUAGAAACACAAAAAUUCGUACAAGUCUUGACUAAUCCCCCUUUCAUUUAUAAAUUAAAAAUUUUUGAUGGAGUUAAGGAAACCGUACCCAAAUGGAAACUACCUAAGAACCUUUUAGAUUAUAUAAAAGAAAAAAAACAAGAUGAAACAAAUUAA